GCAUUCUCGAAUGUGCGGACUCUGCAGACGAAGGUGUCGUGCAUGGUGUCGUGUUCCAUGCAGUUCCUCUGCUCGUAGGCUUCCCUGUGGGCACGUCCACUGAUCGGUAAAGGUAUUGCACGCCGCCAGUGAUCAUCGUGUGCGCCGUGCUCAUGCAUAAAUUCCGCGAUCAUUGCGAGAGCAGCAGCUGGUGAGCGCAGUUAGUUAAAUGUCCGCUGCAUCGCUCGCCAUGGCCGCGGUUCCCGAAAGCGUGAGCGCCGAGCAGAGGCUCGUGUGCGCAAUCAUUCCUCCACUCUGUCCCGGACGCCACAAGGGCCAGGCGGGCCGCAUCGCCGUCCUAGGAGGUUCGGUCGAUUUCACCGGAGCGCCGUACUUCGCCGGCAUGGCGGCCUUGCGAACGGGCGCCGACCUAGCCUACGUCAUGUGCCCGUCCAGCGCCGCGCAGGCGAUCAAGUCGUACAGCCCGGAGUUGAUGGUCAUGCCGUUUCCGGAGACCGGAGGGCCCGACGCGGCCGCGCAGCGGGUCUGCGAGGUGCUACCGCGACUGCACGCACUCGUCAUAGGGCCCGGCCUCGGUCGCGCCGAGGCAGCCCGCGGUUUGGUCAAGACGGUGGUGGCGAAGGCGCGGUCGCUGUCCCUGCCUCUGGUCGUGGACGCCGAUGCACUACACUUCGUGGCGCAGGAUCCGGACAUGGUGCGCGGCUAUCAGCGGGCGUUGCUCACGCCCAACGCGGCGGAACUGGAGUUGCUGUGCAAUGCCGUGCUCGGAGCCAGGGCCGCGGUGUCGGACCGCACGGAAGCCGCGCGUCAACUAGCCCGAGGUCUGGGCAACGUCACCGUGCUGGCCAAAGGUUCCGAAGACGUCGUGACAGACGGACGCGUUAGUCUGACUUGUCGCGAGCAAGGAAGUCCGAGACGGUGUGGCGGACAGGGUGACAUUUUGAGCGGUGCAGCGGCCACGCUCAUGUUCUGGAGUCACGCCGCCGAUGCUCCGGCUGGUGAUGGUAGCGCGGGUCAGAUGCCCCCGGCGGCUCUGGCAGCCCUGGGUGCCGCCAUGUUGGUGCGUCGGUGUAGCCGGCUGGCCUUUCAGAAGAUGGCACGCAGCACGCUGACGACAGAUAUGCUGGCUGAGAUCCGCACCGCGUUUUCUGCUCUCUUCCCAGUCGAUUGAGGGCUGGAGUUCUAUAACUAUGAACAAAGUAGCUCACCUAACCCAUCCCUGAAUUGCAAUCCUGCGACUGCCCGUCGUUUCUCGGGGAUGGGCGAAUUUUUGCUUUCCGUUUGAAAAUCGUUUAUUGUUGGUUGCAAUAAAGACUGCAUUCAUGUUGGAGUCAGAGAAA